AUGAUGCAGUCUUAUGGACAUGAAGUGGGUCGACAAGCACAGAUUAUUAAGGAGACCAAGAAUUGCAAGUGGCUUCAUGUUCUGCACACUGUGAGUGAGGAACUUGUGCCAUUUGCACCUGAGCAUACAUCUGAGCAUGAGUUGCAACUUGCAUUGUGCAAACAAGCUGAUAUUGUGGUUGCAAUUGGACCCAAAGUGGCAGAAGCUUACAGAUCAGCUUUCCAACUUGGUGGAAUACAGAAAGAGGUCAUUGACCUGACACCAGGAAUUUUCCUCAACCUUGUUGGUGUACGACCCCCUCAAGAUGACAGUGAAGUGUUCCGUGUGUUGAUCAGUGGUUCAUCCAAAUAUUUCAAGAUCAAAGGCUGCGACAUUGCUGCUAAAGCAAUCAAACUAACCGGUACACCAUCCAUCCACCUUAUGUUUGUUGUGAAGCCUAGUGAGAAUGUAACAGAGAUGACCCAAGCUUUGCUCCAGGAGGGCAUUAAUCCUGACCAACUCACUGUCAAAGUUGCAAAAAGCAGUGAGGAUUGGAACAAUCUUCUCCGUGAAGCAGACCUUGUCAUAAAACCAUCCAGAACAGAAGGUUUUGGAAUAAGUGGUGUCCGAGCCAUUUCUGCUGACCUUCCUGUCCUAGUCAGCGGAAAUAUUGGCCUUGGUGCAGCUCUGAAGAAGUUACCCUCAGGAGCAAACCAUGUUGUGGAGUCCAAUGAUCCCCAGGUCUGGGCUGACAAGAUCAAAGAAGUUAAAGCAAAGGAUGCAAAAGGGCGCAAUGCAGAGGCAGAGUCUUUAAGAAAAGAGUACACUGGGCAAUUCAACUGGAAAGAUCAGUGUGAAAACCUUGUUGAAAAAAUGUUCACCAUGAUUUAG